AUGUCUAAUGAUAUCAUAAAUAUAAAUGACCUCAAGAGCAAUUCAUCCUUCAAUGAUGAGUCCAAUUGCGAAAAGGUCAGCGAACCCCCCUCUUUGAGAAUCGUUCCUCCCCUGAAUUUCUGUCCAGUGGAAAGGCACUUGUACAGGUCAGGCCAGCCUUCAACUAUUAACCAUUCAUUUUUAAAAGAGCUUAAUUUGAAAUCAAUAAUUUGGCUUGCAAUAGAAGAUCCACAGGACAAUUUUCUGAAAUUUAUUGAUGACAAUAACAUCAAGUUCUUUUAUAACUUGGGAUUCAAUAGCAUAGACAACAAUUCAUGGGACGGCUUAAGUGAAAAUAGUAUAAAGCAAUCUUUAGAAGUGAUAGUGGAUACAAGAAACUAUCCUUUACUGGUAUGUUGUGGUAUGGGAAGGCACAGAACUGGUACCAUAAUUGGCUGUUUGAGAAAGUUACAGGGUUGGAACUUAUCAAGUGUAAGUGAAGAAUACAGGAGGUUCACGGGAAGCAGAGGCGGUCGUAUUUUGGUGGAGCUGUUAAUUGAAGCAUUUGACGUCGGUACUAUAAGUAUGGAUCCUCAAUUUGCUCCUGAUUGGCUUACCAAAAGUACAAAAUAA